AUGCCUACCGACCCAAGCUCUGUCCCAAACUUUGACGACCUCCCCGCAGUCGAUGGACACCCUCAGGGCUGCGCCUGGGGAGUCUUCGACAAGGACGGAAAGAAAGACCACUACGGUACACUGAACUUUGUCACUCCUGAAAUCGUAGCUGCUGCUGCCAAAGAAGUCACAGAUGGCAUUUCCAUCUCUCUCAACUGGCCCCUAAACGGCAUCAAGUUCCCCUUGCCCGGCCGCAAAGCCCCCGUCCACAAACCCGUUUCCCUCCGCGAGGCAGGGAUGGAAAUCGAUGGCUUUGACGACGAGCUCGAAAUCAACACCCAAUUCUCCUCCCAAUGGGACUCCCUCUGCCACUGUGUCCUCCCCUCGGGCGAGACCUACAACGGGUUCAAGCCCUCUAUUGAGCUCCUUCAAACAACCACCACUGAGGGCAACGAAAUGCCCACUAUUGAUCACUGGCACUCCCCCGCCAAGGGCUGCCUCGUUGCCCGUGGCGUCUUGAUUGACUUUAAGCGCUAUAUUGAUGAGAUCACUGACAAGACGUAUGACCCCCUCGAUGGUCAUAGGAUCACCGUUGAGGAGAUCGAAGCGGUGGCGAAGCAUCAAGGGGUGGAGAUCAAGCCAGGGGAUGUCCUGAUUGUUCGGACGGGGUAUACAGAGUUUUUGGAGAAUCCAACUCCGGAAGGGUUUGCCAAGAUGGCUACAAUGUCGCUUUCUGGCGUGCAUGGCACGACUGAGACGGCGAAGUGGUUCUGGAAUAAGAGGAUUGCGGCUGUUGCUUCGGAUGCGCAUGCUUUUGAGGCGCUGCCGCCAUUGAAAGAGAAUGGGGAGGUUGGUGCUGUGUCGGAUUUGGUGCUGCACAAGUGGUUUUUGAACUACUUUGGAACACCCAUUGGUGAGCUUUGGGAUUUGAAGGCGCUGGGAGAGUAUGCCAAGAAGAAGGGCAGGUACAGCUUUUUGCUGACAAGCGCACCGUUGAAUCAUCCUGGACUGGUGGCUUCACCACCCAACGCCAUUGCCUUGUUCUGA